AGCUAAAGCCGCUCCGCCUCUUCCGAGCGGGGUCACGGGCCGGCGGCGCGAACCGGGACUCCCAGCGUGCGGGGCUCUCAGCCGGUCUGGGCAGGCCCCCUGCCCGGCGCCAUGUCCCGGAACCUGCGCACCGUGCUCAUCUUUGGCAGCUUCAUCUCCCUGAUCGGCGCCGCCUUCUACCCUAUCUACUUCCGGCCCCUAAUGCGGCUGGAGGAGUACCGUGAGUGA